AUGGCUUUCCGAAUAAAAUGGCUGGGUGUCAGGCACUUGCAAGUCUUCUACUUGUUCUGGAGCGUCGCGUUCAUGUACGGGAUGCGAGUGUGCAUGUCCGUGGCGAUAGUGGCCAUGAGCGACAAGAGCAGCGCCAAUCCCAAUUUCCACGAUUUCGACUGGGACUCGAGCGUGAACUUUCGCAUACUGAGCUCGUUCUUCUGGGGCUACGCGAUCACCCAAGUACCCGGCGCCUAUCUGGCCGACUUCAUGCGCAGUCCGCACAGGUGUCUGGCGCUGGGCCUGCUGCUGAGCGGCGUCUGCACCGCGCUCGUGCACGCACUGGCCGUGAACUACGGCUGGAAGUUCGUGGUGGCGCUGCGUUUCUUCACGGGCCUCGGCCAGGGCGUCGUCUUUCCCUGCGUGCAGAUGCUCCUGUCCAAGUGGGCGCCGCCCGGUGAACGCGCCAGACUAGGAUCGGUGGUGCUGAACUCGACGCAAUUCGGCAGCGUCGUGACGAUGGCGCUGUCGGGCCUCCUGUCGAAAUCCGUCCUGGGCUGGCCGAGCAUCUUCUACUUUUUCGGCACUUGCGGACUCGUCUGGAGCCUGUGCUACGUCUAUCUCGGCGACGACUCGCCCGCCGUCAGUCCCAGGAUCAGCGCGGCCGAGCGCGAGUACAUCGAGACGAGCUUGGGCGGGCCCGUUUACGACGGACAUCCGAGAAUACCGUGGAAGCGCAUAUUCACGUCGAUGCCGGUCUGGUCCCUGAUAAUCGUUCACGGCGGCAACAAUUGGGGCUACUACCUGCUGCUCACCGGACUGCCCACCUACAUGAAGAACAUCCUCGGCUUCGACGUCCAGAGCAGCGGAAUGAUCUCGGCCCUGCCCUACCUCGUAGCCUGGCUCGUUGGCUUUCCCAUAAGCUGGCUGUGCGACUGGGCGCUGCGUCGGGGCUUCUGCUCGACCGAGGCCGCGCGCAAGCUCGCCAACAGCGUGGGCAUGAUGUCGCCGGCCCUGGGCAUGAUCGCCCUGAGUCAGCUGCACACGCAGAAUCGCUACGCGCUGGUGCUCGUGCUCGUGCUGUCGAUCGGCCUGACGGCGGGCACGACCUGCGGCUUUCUCAUCAACUACAUGGACCUGACGCCCCAGUUCGCCGGCGCCAUCAUGUCGGUGACCAACGUCACGGGCACUCUGAUGGGCAUCGCCUCGCCGCUGGCCUGCGGUUACAUAAUCACCGACUUGAAAAACGCGCAUCAGUGGCACGUGGUGUUUUACCUGACGGCCGGGAUCUACGCCGCGUCGAAUCUGUUCUUCGUGAUCUUCGGCAAGGCCACGAUACAGCCGUGGAAUCAUAUCAACGUGCCGUCGCAGCAGACGGUGUCUCGUAAAUAA